AUGGUGGCACCUUCUAGCAACAAGAAGGAGGAGGAUUCCGUGGCGGCGACAACCCCCACGAAUGCCAACGCCAGCAAAGCCAAGGCGAAGAGCAGCGGUGCGAAGGGGAAACGACGAAAGCUGCCCAAGGCGGUCACCAAUGGAUCAGCAGACGAACAACCCGCGGGGGGUGUAGCUAUCGCCGAGAAUCAGAGGAGCAGCAACGGUAGCGGCAAGAUUGACAUGGAGGUCGAGGGCGACAGCAAGAUCAACAAGGAGGCAAGGGCCUUGAUCAAGCUGGAGAAGCCAAGGCUGUGGCGGUCUUUGGAGGAGCUAAGGGACCGCGCGAGGGACGUCGAAGAAAAAGUGGGGUCUCUCGCGGAGCGGGCACGGGAAGAAAUGGACGAGGACCCUGGGCCGAGAGAUGAGGGGGCCUCUUUCUUGGCCCUCAAGCAGACGCUGCUCCUGAGCUACUGCCGCGAGAUCUGCUCCUACGCAGCUGCCAAGGGGAGGGGCGAGGCCCUGGGAGGGGAGGGGGCAGCGGGGAGGCUGGUGGAGCUCCGGACGGUCAUGGAGAAGCUCAGGCCGCUGGACAGGAAGCUCAAGUACCAGACGGACAAGCUUUUGCGGGUGGCGGCAUCUGCCGGUGCCGGGGGCUCCGCGGACGGGGAAGUGGGGGGUGGGGGUGGCGACGACGAUCCCCUGAGUUUCAGGCCUCGCCCGGAGGGGAUGGCGCCGUGGGGCGAAGACCCCAGCACAGCGGCAGAAGACAGCGGAAUCGAUGGGAAAAGGUCGUCAUCAUCGGCCGGGCGAGGAGGAGAGGUGGACCAGGAGGGCCUAUACAGAGCACCGCGUCUGGCUUCGAUGCCCUACGAUGAGGACGGCCUGUCGACCGGCGCCGUGAGGGGAGAGAAGAGGCUGGAGCGUCGGAGAGACAAGUUGCGCCGCGGGGAGGUGAUGGAGACCCUUCGCGAAGAGUUCGGCGAACAGCCCGAGACUGUCAGGGCGGUGGGGAACGCCGGGGCCUCGGGUGUGUCGGAGGCUAAGAUGAAGAAGCUGCUGGAGGAGGACAAGGAGCGUCUCGACUUCGAAGAGGACCACAUGGUUCGCUUGACCGUCACGCGAAAGGCCAAGAAGGCGAGGGCGAGGAUGGAGAAGGACGCCGGUCGCCUGGAGACCAUCGCCGACGUCGGCAGCGCGGCCGACUUCAUUCGAGUCGCCAAGAACGCGGAUGGGUUUGGAGCUGACAUGGAAGGCGGAGACGAUGAUGUCUUCGGGGGGGGCGCCGGCAGGGGAAGAAAAAAACAGAAGGGGGGAGGGGGGGCUCUUGGGCGCGCCAUGGGAACCGUGGGCGGGAGCAUGUCGGGGGGGGGCUACGCAGAAGGGGGAAACGGGAAGGGGAAGAAGAAGCGCCGACGAUGA